UCCGCCUAACCGGCACACUUCCGCGCGCGGAUUCGCGCGAAUCCGCGGAAGACGUCAGUUUUUCGCUCUUUCUUUUUUUUUGCGCCAUGGGCGUGAGCCCUAGCCUGUGCCCCGCCGAGCUGGCCUCGCAGAACCUCAGCUUCGACACUCGCUUCGAGGUAGACGAGGGCAACGUCUUGGGCACGGGCAAGUUCUCCACGGUGUACCUCUGCCAGCGCCGGAACCACCCGGAGCGGCGCUUCGCCCUCAAGGCGAUCUCCACGUACACGGGGGACAACGCAUCGCUGGCGCGGAUCUACGAGGAGAUUGCCAUCAUGAGAGCGAUAGACCAUCACCCCAGCAUCAUUCGCCUGGUGGACAUGGACGAGUCCAGCGGCAACACCAUUCGCCUGGUUCUGGAACUCUGCGAGGGAGGCGAGUUGUAUGACCGCAUUCAGCAGAAGCGUUUCUACUCGGAGUCGGACACCAAGAUGCUGGUGAGGAACCUUCUGGAGGCGGUUUCCUUCAUCCACAGCAAGGGCAUCAUGCACAGAGACCUGAAACCGGAGAACAUCUUGUUGGUCAGCAAGGUCAGCAACACCGACAUCAAGGUCUCGGACUUCGGUCUCGCCAAGCUUUCCAAAGACUAUCCUCGAAGACUCCCCAGGUCGACCUCCAUUUGCGGGUCAGACUUCUACCUGGCACCGGAGGUGAUCAAACAGGAGGAGUAUGGCCGUGAGAUCGAUAUCUGGGCGGUCGGGGUGAUCACCUUCGUGGUGCUCAGCGGGGCGCUGCCCUUUUUCAACGCGGUGCUCCACAAGCUGUAUCGCCAGAUCGUGGAGCGCGACGUCAGCUUUUCGGACCAGAGAUGGAAAUCCGUGUCUGCGGGCGCGCAGGAUUUCAUCCUGAGACUCCUGCAGGUCCGGCCGGGCGACCGGCUCACCGCCGAGCAGGGGCUGCAGCAUCCUUGGCUCCGCGGCAUCACGGCAGCCUCGUCAUUUGCCAGCGAGUCUAGCCAGCGGAGUGGGCGGAUGUCCGCCAACUACUACAGUGCACAAGGUGCCUACAAAACCCCCUGAGCCUCGAGCGGUCGGCCUGGACUCGAAGGCUCGAGAAAGAAGAACCUGGUUCCUCAA